UUAUUAACUUCUGUUUCCUUGCCGAUAUCAUAGGACUCCCCCUCUUGUGUGCUAUAACUCCGCAACAUCUCUCAAUAUAGAAAAAAAUGCUUCACACAAUAAAGACCUUAACAUUCCCACAAGUCUCUUUCUCACGCUCACUCUCUUCUAACCUUUGUCGGAAAACAUCAUCAGUUAGAUUUUGCACCAAACCUGAUUCUGACCGUAAGAUGGACCAGGCUCAAAAGGCUAAUACUGAGAAAAAGGAAACUACUGAGCAUGGGGAUGUGAUGUCUCAUUCGUUUGGAGAAGGGUAUGCCACAAGAUCUGAUGAAGAAGGAUUUGGAGGAAUAUAUGGUGGAAACCAAUCUCUUCAGCAACAUAAGUCGGUUCAUGAAAAUCAUCCAGAUUAUGACAAGACGCAGGGAAGCGUUGUGAAAGAGAAGGAAACAGCGAGGCACCAGAGCAACUCCAAGGCUUAGGUUUUUCAUGUGUUGUGGAGUGGUUUAUGCAAAUAUUAUACCAUGUAUUUCUUGUUGUUGUUGUUGUUUUUUUUUUUUUAUAUUGAUUUUCUUGCUUUCUGAUUAUGAUUUUGUUUUUGUUUUAAUUCUUUCUGGUGUUUUAAUUUAUAUUAACUAGUUUCUGUU